AGUUGUUGACACGUGCACUGCGCGUCCUCGAUCUCCGUGUCGGUGUCGGUGUCGUACGCAGAUCGGCGUCGCCGCGCUGCGGGGCGAGCUGGCGGCCUUCGUCCUGACGCUCGCGCUGGGCGCCCCGGCCGGGCCGUGCGACGCGCCCACCGUGCUGCGCCUGCUCCGCUGCCCCGCCGUUGACCUGCGCAGGCGGAGCCGCGAGUGGCUCGCCGAGCGCGGCCGGGGAAGCCGCCGCGCCGACGCCGCCGCGCGCAUCAUGCUGGAGGACCUGCACAGGGUCCUGAGCGAGGAGAGCGACCGCCGGUGCCUGGGCCUGCACCUGGAGGCCUGCGUGGUGCUGCUCGACUCCCGCGAGGGGCCCGGCGUGGCGGAUUGCGAGCCGGAGGUCUGCGCGGAGAGCGUGCGCUCGCUCCUGGCCCUCGCCGCUCGCGGGGAGGAUCGUGCGGCGACCUUCGACCCGGUGCUGGCCGCCCGCGCCCUCCGCAUGGCCGCCUGUCUGCUGCCUCGCCUCGUCUCCGACAGGGCUGCAGACGAGCGUGCCCUCCCGCUGAUCGAGCGGUGGAGUCUGACGCUGGAGACCAACGCCUCCGACUCUUCCCCGGACGUUCUGCGCUUGGCGGCGGCGAGCAGCCUGCGCCUGGCGGGGCGGGUGGCCGUCACGUUCGGCCUGCGCAUGCGGGGGAGGGCACUCCCCAUCGCAGUCAGGCUUGCGCGGGCCGCCGUCCUUCUGCUGUGCGACGAGGAGGAGGCCGCUCGGCUGGACGCGGCUUGCUUUGCCUCCUGCUUCUCGGAGCUCGAGCUGGAGGAGGAGGCGACGCCGUCGCCGCUGCGGCAGCAGGAGAGGCGGGAGGGGGAGCAGGAGGAGGAGGAAGACGCCGCCGCCGCGAGGGGGCCCCGGGGCGCGCCGCCCUCCGAGUCGGUGCACGGCGGCGUAGCGACGCGCCUCGCCGCGGCUUUCCUCGGCCGUCUGGCCCGCCGCAGGUGCUGGGAGUCGCUGGUCGCCCUCCACGGCUUCCUGGCGCUGCCCGACGUCGGCGCCGCCUUGCACGUCCACGCGGCGGUUUCGUCGAAGCCGCUGAACCUGUUUGAGCAGGAGGAGGGGGGCGCAUACGGAGAGCCGCUGGCGCUCGCUCGCCUGGCCGCCCCCUUGCUGGAGCAGGCCGUGGCCUCCUGGGCCACCCACCCCGAGGGCCGCAGCCUGCUCGGCGCCUGGCUACUCAGUGGAAUCGCCUCCACCGGGAGUCUUCUGCAGCACUGUCGCCAGUUUCACAGCCAGUGCGGUGGCCCGGCCGAGGUGUUCGCCGCGGUGCAACAGAACCGGCCCUACACGGCACUCCACAUCCUCCGUCUCAACCUGCUGCUGCUGGCCCGCGCCUGGGAGGCGCUCGAGGGGACCGGGCCGUGCCCCACGGUUCUCCCCGCGGAGCCGGAGGAACGCGAGCCGCCCUGGGACAGCGCCGCCCGUGGUCCAGGCGUUUUGUCCGUGCGCGAGCUACGCCGGCAAGCGGAGUGGCUGAGUCAGGAGCUGCUGGCUCCAUUCUCGGCCCUCAGCAGCAAGGCGACGUGACCAUGGCAGGUUUGCAGAUGAAUUAGUUGCGAUCACAACUGUUGGCUGAUUACGUUCUGCUGCCCCUGUUGCCAAGGGGAUAUCACUCGCUGUUUUACGUCCUUGUCGAUGCAGUUUUAAAUUCAUGCCGGUAUCCUGAACGAUGCACGAUUCAGACUAACGUACCACUUUACCGGUAUGUCUGUGUUUUAUAAAAACAAAAUCGUAACGUUGCCAUUUUCACCCAGUUUUAUUCCUGCAGUGUUGUCAUGGGGACUUAAGCCUCCACAGAAGUGGAUCUCACAGAGCAAGUGACCAGUGGUCUACACAGCAAAAGGGGACUCGUUGACACAUGCUCUGCUGCAUGUGACAAUGAUGUUGGUGACAUGGCAGUCAAACCGAUAUUGGAAUUUAGCCACCACAGAACCAAAUUUUAAUGCAAAGGGUUUUUGUUUUGUGCAGUGAUUAGUGAGCUGAGACCAUGAACUCCCAAUACUCGAGAACCCAGUUGGAGCACAGGCCACUGCCUGGGUUUGAACCCGGGAACCCAGUAGUGCCGGUUCAAUGCUCCUAACUCUGUGCUAUAUUAUAAAACAAACUAAUCAUUUGUCUUCCUCAAGGUGAAAGUCUAAUUUCAUAAACAGGUUCAUCUCUGUAAACCCGUCGACUCGGCAGAAGAAAUUGUUUUAGUUACAGAUUGGUUUCGAGCUUCAGACACACCUUGCCGUAUUGGGUGAAUGUGCAUAGGGAAAUAUAUAUAGCAUGUUAAAUCAGGAAAUAAUCGUUCAGAUGUCAAAGUGAUUUUUUUUUACUCAUUGUUUAAUUAAAAUGUUGUCUGUGUUUAUCCAAUCCAGAUGAACUUGUUUUGAUGUGAAUGCUGAGGCGAAACAACAGUUUUUAAAGUGUUAUAUUAUGAACUUAAAAUUGACUUUCCUCAACCUUAAACGUAAAUAACAUAGUUUCUCUCCGUUAAAAUCAAUAUCUGACGUAAUCUAAUUGAAAUACACGGUGUUUCCAUGCUCACCUUUGCUGUUCCCUGGGUCUGUAGCCUUGUCUUUGUGUGGCACAACCAGGAUUGAUUUUACACAAGGCGGUAUGCAUUUUAACUACCCCGGCGGAGUGAUGGGUGAAUGACGUUUGAGAUUUGAACCAUUGAGUAUGGCCACUGGUACACAAACCCACUCACAAUAUUUACCAUCGUACUUUGAUAUGUAGAGAUUGUUUUAAAAGUAACCCUCAUAAUGCUACCUCUGAAAUUAUUAAAAAGGUGUCUGGAUAUUUCUGUUCAAUCAGAUUACCGUCACCACUGGAGUGAGGUUCUAUUGUUAUAUUUGUUUGUUAGUUUUUAUAUAUACUAUGAUUGAAGCAUGUAUGCAUAACCGAAGGGACCUUUUGUAAUAAGUGUUUUUUAUUUUGAACAUUGCAUUUUCAAAUGGUUGAAUGUGUAUUUUAAACUUUAACAUUAAACAUUCAUCACCAUUUCUGCAAA